AUGUAAUUCCGAUUUAGAAAUUGAAUCCAAACAUUUCAUACUUAAACUUGACUGACAGGGUCAUAGUGAGGAGUAUAUAGGAGGGAGGGAGACUGGUGCCUAAGCCACUAUCGCUCGAGUCCUCCUUACAUAAUGUAGAUCUAGUGAAGUAAACCAGCGGGCUUUACAUCUUACGCACCAGGUUACAGGAGUUAUUCCGUUUUCAUUACACUAUUCAUAUUUGUUUGAAAAUAUAUAUUUGUUAUUACCUUCUUUUUUAUUAUUGGACAUCUAACGGAUUUUUUUAAAGGGAAUUUGCACUUUCACCCGGAGAUAUGAUACUCAGAAGUCUCAACUUGCUGCCGAUUUUAUUACUUUGCUCCUCAGCGCUACCUCAAGAUGGCGAGGUCACAUCGGAUGACGACACAACAUUUGACCUGUUUGAUAUUAGCGGUAUCACACGCAAGACUCUGGGCGCCAAGCAAUUCCGCGGCCAAGACACAGACAACCCUGCUUACCGCUUCAUCCGCUUCGACCAUUUGCCCUCAGUGAGCGCGCCCGUGCUCAAACAGAUACUUCAGCAAAUCCAGAACAAUGAGGGCUUCGUGUUCGUGGCCAGCAUGCGCCAGGACCGCGGAUCGCGAGGAACCCUCAUCGCCAUGGAAGACGCCAACGGCCAGCGGCAGUUUGAAAUAGUCUCCAAUGGUCGUGCCAACACGCUGGACCUUGUCUUCUGGGUGGACGGCUCCCAAAAUGUUGUCUCCUUCGAGGAUGUUGACCUGUCUGACUCGCAGUGGAAGAAUAUCACACUUCAUGUUCAUGGCGAAAACGCAAAUCUGUUUGUGGGCUGCAGUCUCAUCGACAGCUUCAUCUUGGAUGAGCCGUUCUACGAGCACCUGCAGGCGGAGGGGAGCCGAAUGUUCGUCGCUAAGGGAUCCAUCCGUGAAAACCACUUCAGGGGGUUACUGCAGAACGUUCGCUUCAUGUUCGACACACCCGUGGAUGACGUUCUUAGGAACAAGGGCUGUGAAGUCACUAAGCCAGAAGAGGCCAACACGGUGGUGAGUGAGAGCACAGACAUGGUGGAUGUGAGUUCCUCCACCGCCAUCACCACUAACUUCAUUGGCCAGAAGACAGAGAAUCUGGGAGCAGAUAUGUGUGAACGAUCCUGUGAGGAACUCAGCACCAUGUUUCAGGAGCUCAAAGGACUGCGGGUUGUAGUGGGGAACCUCAUUGACGGCCUGCAGAAAGUGACCGAGGAGAACACAAUGAUGAAGGACACUCUGGGAAAGAUAAAGACCUCCAAGGAGAAACACAUGUGCUGGCAGGAUGGACGGAUGUUUGAAGAUAAGGAGGACUGGGUGGUGGACAGCUGCACCACGUGUACCUGCCAGGACUCAAAGAUCGUGUGUCACCAAAUCACCUGUCCCCCUGUAGCCUGUGCUAGCCCCUCCUUCAUCGACGGAGAGUGUUGCCCUGUGUGUCUGCCCAAGGACAGUGAGGACGGCUGGUCCCCCUGGUCAGAGUGGACAGAGUGUACUGUCACCUGUGGGACAGGUACUCAACAGAGAGGACGCUCAUGUGAUGCCACCAGUAACCCCUGCUCUGGACCAUCCAUCCAGACCAGGAAAUGCAGCCUAGGAAAAUGUGACAGCCGAGUUCGUCAGGAUGGUAGGUGGAGCCUGUGGUCUCCAUGGUCAUCAUGUUCGGUGACGUGUGGCGAGGGUCAGAUCACCAGGAUACGCCACUGCAACGCCCCCACACCACAACUGGGGGGCAAAGACUGUGAGGGCCAGGGGAGAGAGACACAGCGCUGUGAGGCCAAGCCCUGUCCCAUUGACGGUGGUUGGGGACCGUGGUCGCCAUGGGCGAUCUGCUCGGCAACCUGUGGGGGUGGAGUUAAGGGUCGGACCCGUGUCUGUAACAGCCCCAAACCCCAGUACGGAGGCAAGAAGUGCCCCGGGGAGACCAACGACAGUAACGCCUGCAACAAACAGGACUGCCCUAUUGACGGCUGUCUGUCUAACCCAUGCUUUGGGGGAGUGGACUGUAACAGCGGCUCUGACGGAUCCUGGGAGUGUGGACCAUGCCCCCUUGGUUUCCGUGGCAACGGCACCCACUGUGAAGAUGUCAACGAGUGUGACAUUGUGUCAGAUGUCUGCUUUAAAGCAGGUGGAGCAUUGCGUUGCGUCAACACAGACCCAGGGUUCCACUGUCUGGCCUGUCCACCCCGCUACAAUGGAACACAACCCUUCGGUGUGGGGGUGGAGGCUGCCAGCAAGAACAAACAGGUUUGUGAGCCAGAGAACCCCUGCAAAGACAAGACCCACAACUGUCACCGUUCAGCUGAGUGUAUCUACCUUAGCCACUUCAGUGACCCCAUGUAUAAGUGUGAGUGUAGGAUAGGCUAUGCCGGGGAUGGCUUCAUCUGUGGAGAGGACUCUGACCUAGACGGAUGGCCCAAUCAGAACCUGGUGUGUGGCGCCAACGCCACCUAUCAUUGCAGGAAGGAUAACUGCCCCAACCUGCCUAACUCUGGACAAGAGGACUUUGACAAAGACGGCCAGGGAGAUGCUUGCGACAAGGAUGAUGACAAUGAUGCAAUUGUGGAUGAGAGAGACAACUGUCCUCUCCUGUAUAACCCCAGACAGUUUGACUUUGAUAAAGAUGAUGUGGGUGACCGAUGUGAUAACUGCCCCUACGAACACAACCCUGCCCAGAUUGACACUGACCACAACGGCGAAGGAGAUGCCUGUGCUGUCGACAUUGAUGGAGAUGAAAUCCCAAAUGAGCAAGACAACUGUCCGUACGUGUACAACAAUGACCAAAAGGACACUGACAUGGAUAGAGUGGGUGACCAGUGUGACAACUGUCCUCUACUACACAACCCUGACCAGGCUGACACAGACAAUGACCUUGUAGGAGACCAGUGUGACAACAACCAGGACAUUGAUGAAGACGGUCACCAGAACAACCUGGACAACUGUCCUUAUGUGGCCAACUCCAACCAGGCAGACCACGAUAAGGACGGCAAAGGGGACGCCUGUGACUUUGACGAUGACAAUGACGGUAUCCCUGACGAUAGAGACAACUGUAGAUUGACGCCCAACAAAGAUCAACUGGACUCUGAUGGCGACGGUAGAGGAGACGCCUGCAAAGACGACUUUGACAACGACAACAUCCCAGACAUCCUUGAUGUGUGUCCUGAGAACAACGCCGUCACCGUCACAAACUUCCAGAAGUUUCAGAUGGUCCACCUGGACCCCAAGGGAACCACGCAGAUCGACCCCAACUGGGUGGUUAGGCAUCAGGGCAAGGAGCUGGUGCAGACCGUCAACUCUGACCCGGGCAUCGCUGUUGGCUUUGAUGAGUUCAACGCGGUGGACUUCAGUGGUACGUUCUAUGUGAACACGGACCGGGAUGACGACUACGCUGGUUUCGUGUUCGGCUACCAGUCGAGCGGCCGCUUCUACGUGGUGAUGUGGAAGCAGAUCACUCAGACCUACUGGGAAGACAAACCCUCCAAGGCCUUCGGUAUCUCUGGUGUCUCCCUGAAGGUGGUCAAUUCAACCACAGGCACAGGGGAGAACCUGAGAAACGCCCUGUGGCACACAGGCAACACUAAAGAUCAGGUGCGCACUCUUUGGCACGAUCCCAAAAACAUUGGCUGGAAGGAUUACACAGCCUACAGGUGGCACCUCAUCCACAGACCCAAGACUGGUUUCAUCAGGGUUGUGGUUUAUGAAGGGAAACAGAUCUUGGCAGACUCAGGACCAGUGUACGACAAGACGUUUGCUGGAGGACGGUUAGGCCUGUUUGUGUUCUCCCAGGAACUGGUCUUCUUCUCCGAUCUCAAAUACGAGUGCAGAGAUGAGCUGGAGUUUCCAACUGUGUUGUCCAUCAGGUAACAAUCAUAAAGAGAUAACUGAACAGCGUUGGAUGUGAAGACUUUAAAUGGCUAAAGACACUAAACCUCAUAACCUGUUCACCAGCCUAUUGCUGAGUCGCUCAUCAUUUCAACCAAAAAAAUGGAGCUUCAACUUCAGCCCUCCCAAGUCUUUUUGCCUCUAACUUUCCAUUGAAGGGGCAGCCAUGGCCCUUUGCAGUUGUUCUGAGUGCCUUAUGUGAAAAGACAUUUCCUUGAGAAGUGAAAACAGAUGACAAGUGGACAAAUGAAAAAAAACGAAGUAACUGAUGUUGACAACAUAUUAUAGGGAUUCUUUGAACAACCACUUUUGUGCUUUUCUCCUAACUUUCUACAGCUUUACAUUAACAAAAGUAAAUAUAAAAUGAUUGUUACUCGAUAAAUAUUGAUAUUCUUGCUGGAAUAGAGAGCAACUUGGUACAGUAAAGGUGUCUAGGUCGCCCAGCAACUAGAGGUCUUUGUAUUGACCUCAGCAGUUUCAGCCAUACAGUGAAAAAUGUGAUCAAAUGUAAUAUUAACUGCCAAAUAUCUGCCAAACUCUUAAUUGAUACCAAAGCAUACUGAUGUAUGUUGCUGACUUAAACAAAGUUAUAUUUUGUAUUGUUUCUUAUGCCAUCCUGAACUAAGGGUCUUCAGUUACCCAUUUAAAAUGUUUGUCAAACUCUAAGAAGGUUGACCUUGAGACCGUUUUAUAGCAUUUUAAAGUACUUUGGGAUGUUUAUACUAAGUUUGUACUAUACUUUCUUCUGUAAAUUAUUAUCGUGAGUUUAUGUCUUGUUUGUUUUGUUUGUUAGAGAUUGUAAAUAAUUAAUUUAUUUGUUUACACUGACGAAAUUUCACAAUUGAAGUACAACAGAAAAAUCGUUGGAUAUCAACAUCAAAAUGUCUCAAACAUCAAGAUAAAAUAGACUAUCACAAGCUUUGUGCACUAUGCAGUGUUAUGUCAUGUAUUACUUGAUUCAUAUGUUCACUAAUUCCCCAAGAGAGGCCCUAUCCUCACUCAAAACAAUGCAGUGGUUUCAAGAGGAGCAGUUGUAGUAGUUUGGGUUCGUUGUAACUCCCUAUUCCAAUACCCCUCUAGCAUCCCACUUCGAGAGAAUCAAGCAAUAUAUUGUACAUGCAUUCUAAGUAGUAUGCUAGUAUGGACAUUGGAACAUAGCCUUAAGUGUUGAUGUAAGAGUGCUACAUUCAUGUAAGGGCAAAUGUCAUGUUUGGGGUUAGUUGUAGUAGUAGUAGUAUGUGUGAGAGAGCAACAAUGAUUAUUAUGUUAACGGUUCACAGCAUCCUUGACCACGACAGCUGCUGGUCUGAGGUUUGAGUGUGUAUGCCUGGUGUGACGGGGCAUUUCAGAUGGGACACAAUGAAAACACUUGACUUUAUGUCAAUGUAAAUGUGUCGUUCACGUGGAAACAGGUGGUCAUGAGAAGAGAACUUUCUGUUUUGAAUGAGUGAAACGUUUAACCAGAUGAAUCUAUUCAAACAUUUAACCAUUCUAGAAUCUAUUCAAAAAUCAAGUAAAAAUGUUUCUUGUAACUUUUGGUUGAAUUAUAUGUAUCAAGGAUAUUUGCAAUGUAUAGCUUUUAAGUUGUCAUCAGUCUGCAUAGCAUUAAUUGUUGUCAAAUUUAGUUUUCGUUGUUAAUAACUAGCUUUGUUAUAUUUUGUGAGGGAUAUUUCAAUGCACAAAUGUAAAAAAAAAAAAAGAAAAAAAAAAGGUAUUUGUUGUUAAAUUUACCAUUAUUAGUUGUGGAGGAGUCGUCAUGUAUGUGUUCCACUUAAAAGAGAUGAUCUUAUUUCCUAAAUAAAUUGUUUGUACACCA